AUGAAUUUUGACCAGAAGGCUGUGAAAUUCCUGGCAAAUUUUUACAUCAAUGGAGGCAAACACUGGACCCAUGGCCCCUUGAGGCAGAAGCUGCUCGUGCCCACCCGGCCCAAGGCUGCUGUGAGGUUGUCGGGCCUGGAGCCAGGGGCUGCCUGUGAGCAGAUGCGGCCCCAAGAGGCGCAAGAGUUUCCAGCUAGCAUCAGGAUGCACACGCAUCCCCUCCAGGAGCCCCCACCUCCCUGCACCCGGAAUCUGAGAGAGCUGCUGCUGGAGCUGCGGCCCCCCGUCGUGACCGACCUGGAUAUCCCCGGGCCCACCACGUACCGGGUGCCCGACGCUUCCGUGCGCGAGUCCUCCCCACACCCGCACUUCAGCUUCGGCCGCAAGCCCCCCGCCCGCGAGGGCGGCGGCCGCAGGGCGUGGCGGACCGUGUGGUCCCAGAGGGAGAGCCCCGUCUCGCAGAAAGCCGACUUCAAAAGGGAGCCAGAGCGGCCCUCGCCCGCAGACCACCGGCCGCUCAGCCUCGGGGCCGGCCGCCCCGCCUCCAGGACACGUGGGGCCCGCGCCCGCCUGGGGCAGCUGCGGGUCGGGGGUGCCGUUCACCAGGUCCAGCCCCACCUUCAGGCCCUUCCGCAGACCCCGGGGGCCGAGAAGCGCCCCAGCCCCAACACCUACGACAUCCUUCCCGGGUGCUGCCUGCAGAGGUCGCGCCCGCCCGCUUUCUCCCUGAGCCGCUCGCCCGCUUUCGACUCCUGGGUCAGCUACUCCCUCACCCCUGGCCCAGCCACCUACCACGUGGAGGACUGCUACAACUCGCGCUUCCCCUCAGCACCCGGAGUGGUCAUCCAGGGUGUGCGAAGACCCAAGCGCCACGACACGGGCCCCUUCAGCAUGCUUUAGCACCCACUGGACGCAGCCGGCCAGCCGUUAUGGCAAGGAACCCUCCCUGUCCCUCUGGGGCAUUCCCAGGCCCCCCGCCUGGCCUCCUGACCUUCUGAAUGGGCCAAUCCACCACCCACCCUUCCGGCUGGCCAAUCCUUCUGUGCUCUGUGGACGAGGAGGGCCCAGCUGCAAGCCCCCUUCUGCCCGCCACAUUGCAACACAGAGAUGCUGUUGGUUCCUCUAAGUCUGUGUCUCCUUGGCCACCACCCUGGCCCAGUGGGUCGUCCUGCGGAUGUGGUCUGGGGCUGGCCUGUCAUAUCUGGCUUCCCCAGGCUAGGGGUCUCCCGUCUUCUUCCCUUAAGUGCUCUCUUCUGUAGGCUGGGUAUGAUGGCAGCCUGGGACCUGUGGGCAAUGAAGGACACCCCACCUAGCCAUGCCACCCAGGGGGAUAGGUCAGCUGCCAGUCUGCCUGAGAAUCAGGAACUGAGGUGUUGGGACAGAGGUGGGGGUCAGACUCCCUGAGGGGCCAUCACCUUAGGUGUGACCAGCCUGCCCAGCUACCAGAGAAGGCCCAGAAGACCAGCUGAUCAGGGACUGGCCCCAUUUCCUCCAGCCCCUGCCCAAAGACCUUGAAAGCAUGCCCAGGGCUGUGCAGACCAAGCCCCACCCAGGACUCCCUGAGUCUACUUGUUAGGGCCCUGCUCCUGCUCAGAGCAAAAGCCUGGCCAUUGCUGGUCACUACAAACCAGCCUUCCAGUUGAGGGGUGGGCCCGAGACUGUCUCCCUUGCAGGGGCCUCACCUGCAGCUUGUGGUGGCUCCUGUCACAGCACCAAUUCCUUCCUGGGUCUCCCUUGUGCCACCCAAGCCCUGGACCAGUGCCCGUCCUGUGUCUCCUCAGCCAGAUCUCUGCCCCUUUAAAGGGCAGUGCAGCAGCCCUGCUGUGGUGUCUGCCUGUGGGUAAAAUUGUAACAUUUCCAGAGUAUCUCGCCUGGUUUUAGUGCAUCUGCAUAU